AUGGUGGAAAAUUCCUAUGAAUGUAAUAAAAACAAAACCUUUUGUCAUCAUUCACCCCUUAAGCAACAGGAGCAGUCUUCUACUGGAGAGAAACAUGAAUGUAAUCACUGUGGAAAAGCCUUCAAAAGGACUUCUAAUCUGAUUUUGCACAAAAGAAGUCACAUGGGCGAGAAGCAGUAUGAAUGUAAAGAAUGUGGGAAAUUCUUCACUGAUUCCUCAACUCUAAAGAGACAUGUAAGAACUCACACUGGUGAGAAACCCUAUGAAUGUCAUCAGUGUGGGAAAGCUUUCAGUCAAAAAACAUCUCUUAAGGCCCACGUGAGAACUCACACUGGAGAAAAACCUUAUGAGUGUAAUCAUUGUGGAAAGUCUUUUGGAACAAGUUCAUACCUUAUAGUGCACAAGAGAAUACACACUGGGGAGAGACUCUAUGAAUGCAGUGACUGUGGAAAAGCCUUUAAUACAAGUUCUCAUCUUAAAGUUCACAAGAAAAUACACACUGGAGAAAAUCUUUAUGAGUGCAAUGACUGUGGGAAAGUUUUUAGUGGUCUCUCUUCCCUUAGAAUGCAUGUGAGAACUCACACUGGAGAGAAACCCUAUGAAUGUAAGGAAUGUAGGAAAACCUUCAGUGUUUCUUCUUCCCUUAGGAGACAUGUGAGAACUCACACAGGAGAGAAACCCUAUGAAUGUAUUCAGUGUGGAAAAGCCUUCAGUCAGAGUUCUUCACUUAUUAUACACAAGAAAAUUCAUACUGGGAGAGAAUCCCUUUUUCCAUUCCUAGCGCUGAAGGAACCAUCUUGUGACUAUGAGAAUGACAACUAUGGCCUAAGGAUGGAAUAGAAUAAAGAUCCUGGUUCCUCAAAGACAUCUUUAAAUAGUUGUACCAGCACUGCACUGUUAUAUCUGGACAUCUUUUUAUGUGGGAAAAAUAAGCUUAUUGAUUUUCUUAAUAGCAGUAUAUGAGAUACAGUAAUGUCAUUUAAAAAAAUAAAAGACUGCAGAUCCAAACGCAUGUAGAGUUGAAUAUUUUAUGUUCGAUAUACAAAUGUAGUCUUUGU